AUGGAUAAUUCGAUCAAAAUUCAAACGCUGCUUCAAAUUGAGAAAAGGAAAUGGAUGUUCUUGGUGGGUUUGGUGGCUUUAACCCAUUUAUUCUGCCAGUCUUUGAUGCUUCCUUAUGACAAUGCCCUUAUGUCGCUAUUGCCUAGUGGGGAGAAGGCCAGCAAGUCAUCCAAUCAAUCUUCUUUCAAGACUCUGAUGCCCGAAAAUCCUCACAACAUUGGUAUCUUGAAUUCGAAUAAUGCAUCUCUAUUAGUAGGUGGAGUGAAAUAUGCAAAGAGUUACCACUCUGCUGCAGAUGCAGUGGAUAAUGGAGGAUCAAUGGUAAAAGAUGAUGAAAGAAGGAUUAAUAUUGCCUCAGAUAGUGAGGCCAUGGAUAAUGAUUUUGAUUUUGAUUUUGUUGAGGAUGAAACAUUAGAUAAUGAUAAUCCAUUUCAAGUAAAUCCAGAUAUGGAGGAGGGGUUCAAGAUUCGACAUGAUGAAACGCAAGAACAUGGUUCUAAGGAAAAUAUGUCAACCAUUUUUUCAAACGCCAAUACAAGGACCACGCGGGAUGAAAUUAGCACAGUUGGUACUCCUACUUCGUCACCUUUGCUUGUUUCACCAGCUGUGGAUUUGUUGAUUGAAUCUGUUGUUGAGACGAACUCGGGAUCUCGAGCAAGAAUAUCUACUGAUUUUUCCCCUACUGUAUCUUCUAAAACAAAAAAAUUAUCUGAUGGCGAGGAUAAUUCGAGGCUGCAAAAUAAUUUUUCUGUCCUCAAUAAUGGAUCUUUACUUGAGAGUAAGCCUGUUAAGAAGAAGAUGAGGUGUGAGAUGCCACCAAAAACAGUAAUGCUGAUAGAUGAGAUGCAACGUCUAUUAGUUCGGCAUCGAGCACGUUCACGUGCAAUGAGACCUAGGUGGUCUUCUGAACGUGACCAGGAAAUUCUCCGUGCAAAGUUACAGAUUGAGAAUGCACCCGUUUUGAAGAAUGGUCGAGAUCUUUAUGCUCCUGUCUUUCGAAAUGUAUCCAUGUUCAAAAGGAGCUAUGAACUUAUGGAGCGCCUACUCAAAAUAUAUGUCUACAAAGAGGGUGAAAAACCCAUCUUUCAUCAACCAAUCCUCAAAGGAUUAUAUGCAUCUGAAGGAUGGUUCAUGAAACUGAUGGAGGGAAAUAAGCAUUUUGUUGUGAAAGAUCCAAGAAAGGCUCAUCUCUUUUAUAUGCCAUUUAGUUCACGGAUGCUAGAAUACACUCUAUAUGUACGUAAUUCCCACAAUCGGACAAACCUACGUCAGUACUUGAAAAAUUAUUCAGAAAAGAUUGCAGCAAAGUACCGAUUCUGGAAUAGAACUGGUGGGGCAGAUCAUUUUCUUGUUGCCUGCCAUGAUUGGGCUCCAUAUGAAACAAGGCACCACAUGGAACAUUGCAUUAAAGCCCUCUGCAAUGCAGAUAUAACCAUGGGAUUCAAAAUAGGAAGGGAUAUAUCCCUUCCAGAAACAUAUGUCCGGUCUGCCCGAAAUCCUCUUAGAGAUAUUGGAGGAAAGUCAUCAUCACAGAGACACAUUCUUGCCUUCUAUGCUGGAAAUAUGCAUGGAUAUUUACGUCCAAUCUUGCUCUAUUAUUGGAAGGAUAAGGACCCUGAUAUGAAAAUCUUUGGCCCAAUGCCUCCAGGAGUAGCGAGCAAAAUGAAUUACAUCCAGCAUAUGAAAAGCAGCAAGUACUGUAUUUGCCCAAAGGGAUACGAGGUGAACAGUCCGAGGGUAGUUGAAGCCAUUUUUUAUGAGUGUGUACCAGUUAUUAUAUCUGAUAAUUUCGUCCCGCCUUUUUUUGAGGUGUUGAACUGGGACGCAUUCUCAGUAAUCAUAGCAGAGAAAGACAUCCCAAAUUUGAAAAACAUUCUUAUGUCUAUACCAGAAGAGAAAUAUAUCAAAAUGCAACUUGGUGUGAAGAAAGUUCAGCAACAUUUUCUCUGGCAUGCCAAUCCUGCCAAAUAUGAUCUCUUUCACAUGACCCUUCAUUCAAUCUGGUAUAAUAGAGUUUUUCAAAUAAAACUCAGGUAA